GCGGAUUCUAGGGUCGGGACUAGGGGAGUUAUGAACAACCGGCCAAUUUUUGCAAUUUUUUUUUUCAUGUGCAGGCUAGGUAAAGGAAUGGCGACCGAAGAAGGGAUCGAUGACCAGCAGAGCGGAGGGAAUCAGGGCACGAACGGGGAUGGGGAACGAAACGAGGGAUCGGCGAGGGAUCGAGAGUCAGCCAAAUCGGAAGGAACCCGAGAAGACGGGAAGGACCUCUCAACUGGACAAAGCUCGGGGAAAGCUGGGGGUAGCAAAAAGGGACCUCAGGAAAACAGGGAAGGGGGAAACGAUAUCAGAACAAGCCCUCGGAACUCGGAAGGAACCACCCCUAAAAAGACGAAAGUCUCGGAUGCCCGUCGUAAACUGGCAGAGAUAGAAAAGCGGACUGAAGAAUUUAAAGCAAGGCUUAUCGAGCAGAUGAUGGCCGAGGAAGAGGAGGACCCCCAGGGCGCGGGGUCACGUGAGGGACGCAGGACCGGUCAGGACGAGGCCAGGUAUGGAGGGAAGGAUAAUAGUCACAAGGGAACGCCUAACAAGAAGGGGAAGGACAAGGACGACCCCCCAACGGAAGGGACGGAAAACGCUAUGACCCCGCCCACCAUUGACAGCGGCACUAGCCGACUGCCCGCCACGCCGAAAAUAACAGGGGCAUGCGACGGACUCUGGAGCCUUAGGGAAAGGGUGCUAGGAUGGUUUGACCCAGAAGGAACGCCGAAAGCCAGGGAGAAGCAGAGGGAAAGCAAGGAAGGGGAAGAGACUAGUGCUACUGGAGAAACGGGUAGCUCCGAAGGAGGUCUCAAGAGGAUAGUCGCCACCCUCACCCGGGCACUAAACAAGAACCAGGGGUAUCUCGCAGAUGCAAAGAAGAAACUCACGUUCGAUGGGGCAAACAUUACGGAGUUUCUAAUAGACUAUGAGAACCUAGCAACCUUACUGAAAUGGACGGAAGAGGAAAAGAUGGAUCACCUAGGGCAGUACGUGUCGCUAAGCUUGGGAAGGGACAUUAUGACCAUCGUCGCUUCCAGUGGAUCCUGGAAAGAAGCCAGGAACGAGAUGAUGAGGAAAUACCUGAAGGCAGAGAAAGUGGCAACAGAGGCCGAAUUAGCAGCAGUCCAGAGGAAAAACAAUGCGACUUACAACGAUUUCCUAAGGGCGUUUACGUUAGUGGCUCUGCGAAUUCUCGGGGUAACGGACCGCAUAAUGAGUAAAUAUUUUCUUAGGCAGUUCUCCGAGUUUGAUAAGGAUAAGAUUUUAUCAGCAUACCAGCAGACCAGCAAGUUUGAAUACACAAGGGAUGUGGAUUUCAGUACGGUAACAGAUCUUGCAGAGAAGACAGUGGUAACUGAGACCCUGGCCCUGCUUAAGGAAGGGGAGGUUAUAGACCUGACUGGAAAGACGGGGGAUAAGAAAGGGCGGUUGGACGCAAAGCUAGUUCCUCCGGUUAGGAUCCACACGGUAGAGCAUGAAUGCUGGAAUGAUAAAGGGUCUGCUUACGAGUUUGGGAUUGCAGCGGAAGUCAAUGACCUGCUUAGGGCCAAGAUAGAUUCGUUUGUGGCUGAGCCCACCGCAUCCCCUUAUGCGAACAAAUGGUUCGUUUUCCGGAAGCCCAACAAGACGCUCAGGUGGAUCCAGGACUUGCAGAAGCUCAAUGCGGUAACAAUUAGGGAUGCAGGCUCGCUCCCACAGGCGGACUUGCUUGCCGAAUCUCACGCCGAGCGGAGCAUUUACUCCUUGAUAGACCUGUACUCAGGAUACGACCAGUUGCCACUUGAUGCGAGGGAUAGACCAUAUACCGCAAUGCACACCUACGUAGGGCAGCUGCAGAUGCAAGUGACCCCUAUGGGCUUCACAAAUGCGGUAGCAGAGGCGCAGAGGAGGAUGCUCGCCGUUGCAGGGGAUAUGUUUCCGGAAAAGUGUGAACCUUAUACAGAUGAUAAUCCCGUAAAAGGCGCAAGGUACAAGGACGAGGCAGUGGUCCAACCGGACGUACAGAAGUUUGUUUGGGAUCACUUGCAGGAUAUUAAGGACUUGCUCAAGCGAUUCCUAGUUUACAAUAUUACUGCAAGCGGACCCAAGAGCAUCCUGGCCGUCCCGGAAGUAACCAUACUAGGGUUUCGUUGUGGGGCCUCUGGAAGGAAACCUGACCCAGCAAAGACGGAUAAAAUUUCUCAAUGGCCAACACCCCUGCGCACCACAACGGAAGUACGAGCCUUCCUAGGGGUGGUCGGAUUCUGGAGAAUCUUCAUCAAAGGAUUUGCAAAGAUAGCUGAGCCUAUCCGCGCAAUGAUCAGGGAAGGGGGUACUAUGGAAUGGACUGAGGAUAGGGAAGUGGCAGCCCAGACCCUCAAAGAUAUCCUGUCUUCCGAUGAAGUUACUUUAGCGGCACCCUGCUUCAAUGACGAAGUAGGACGGUCCUUCAUCUUAGAAACAGAUGGCGGACCAAUGGAAAUAGGAGGGGUAUUGAUACAGAAAAGCGAGAAGGGCAAGGAAAGACCAAUCAAAUUUGAAAGUAGGACCCUGAAUUCGGUAGAACGGCGGUACUCACAGUUCGAGAAGGAGGUCUUAGCGAUCCUGCAUUGCCUUAAGACCUUCCAGACAUCCCUGUUUGGAAGGCGAUUUAUCCUAAGGAUCGAUCCCACCAACGUCGUCGGGGCUCUAAAGAAUUACAAGCCUAUAGAUCCGACCGUCGGGAGAUGGAUAGGCGUCAUAUGGCAAUUCGACUAUAAGGUCGAGCGAAUUGCGGGGCUUCAAAACAGGGCAGAUAGGCUGAGCAAGGUAUGUAUCACGCCUGAGGGAGUAGAGGACGCGGAACCAAUUGACGCCUUCCUAGAAUACGAAGGGGGGGCCCUUAUUGUGGAUUACGAAAUGGCCAACUCAACACUUACAACAGGUCAGUUGCUGAUUCAGACCUUGGAAAAGGGCGCGCCUGCAGUAGUUGCAAAACUCAGGGAAGGACCAGUCACCACAGUUAGGCGCGAAGAGGAAAAAGACUUGUGGGGAGCAGAAGCAGGGGCUAGAGAGGAACUGACGGCAAUGGUCGUGGAAAGGGGACGGGACGUCGUGAUGACGUUGACCGAAACCUGGGCGCAGAAGGAAUGCCAGUACCUAGUCAACCAGACCCGGGAGGAGCAGGAUACGGAUCAGAAGGAACAAGAGUUCUUCCUCAUACAGAUGGAUGAGAGCGUCUUUAAAGAAAUCGGUCUGCUACUUGUAGGGAACAAACAACCCAUAGAAGUUAGCUCCAAGGCAAGGGAGGAAGCUGAGAAGUACGUCUUACGAAAUGGUCACCUGUUCAAGAAAGAGGAAGGGAUGAUGCCUAGGCGUGUCGUUUGUGGGAGGUCUAGGCAGCUGGACGUAAUUCAGGCAAUGCAUGAUGGGCGAGCUGGAGGUCACCGGUCGUCAAAGGGGACACUUGCCAAGAUCGUGCCCCUGUAUUUCUGGCCAGGAAUGGCAGGCAUGGUCGCAACGUACUGUCAGACAUGCCUGAUAUGUCAAGAGAGGAGCUCCGCACGGGUUUACGAACCCCUUAGACUCACCCGGGUACUGGGACCUGGGCACCUUGUUCACCUCGAUCUUGCGGUUAUGCCCGUAUCAACGGAUGGGUUUAGAUACAUCUUGGAUGCAAGGGACAAUCUCAGUGGCUACAUAGAGGCCGUAGCUCUCAAGAGGAAGACAGGGAAAGCAGUGGCCGAUUGGGUGGAAGACUUCUACCUAAGACACCCCUUCAUGCGCAGGUUUAUAGCAGAUAAUGGGACAAAAUUCGUUAACCAGGAGGUGUUGAACAUGCUUAAGAUAUUGUGUGUACCAAUCAACAUUACUCAGGCCUACCAUCCUGAGGCAAAUUCACCAGUAGAGAGGGGCCACCAGACCUUGAAGAACACAAUCGUAAAGUUGGCAGCAUACGACUUGGGAAAUUGGCCGCGGUAUCUUAGGCAGGCAGUUUUUUUCGAGAACGUGACACCAAAGAGAACCACGGGGUGCAUUCCAGCGGAACUUUGGUAUGGAAGGGAGAUUGACUUUCCGGUGGAGGCCCUGGUCCCUACCUGGAAUAGACUAGACGACGAUCCGCACCUGACUACAGAAGAGUUAAUCACGGCACGUUGCCAACAGGUCGCCAAAAAUGAGGAGGCGCUGGACGAAGUAGUUAACCGUGUGAUGGAUAGUCCAAUGAGGGACAAAGCAAGGUGGGACCAGGUCAAGAACAUUCGGAAGGAACCACUCCAAGUGGGGGAAAAGGUGCUAGUCAGGAACUCAGCCCUAUAAAGCACGUGGUCUGGGUAGCUGGGAAAAAGGUUCAAAGGGCCCUACAGGAUUGCUAAGCGGGUCGGACUGAAUACGUUCCGGGCCGGGGCCCCGGACGAAAAUGUUAAGUACCACCGCAACAAACGCCGGCAGGAGGU